AUGACCAUGACUGCCAACAAGAAUGCCAGUGUCAACAGCAGAGCUGGAGGGAGUAAAGUGCCUCAGGACACUCUGGAUAGGUGUCACUCAGUCUCUCCACCGCCUCUUUUGUCCCUGCGAAGAAGCCCAGCGUACCCUCUCAGCGAUAGCGAGGACUCUUGCCGCUCUACUCGGCUCACCAAAGUCUCCAGCUCCAGACUGCGCCUCAAGGACUGGAGCAGCCGCACAUCUGCACUGCGAAGCACCUCCACAAGCCCAUCAGACACCGACACCCCCAGCCACCCUCUCAAAGCCAUUAGUGUGGGCGCAUUGGACAAAAGGCUGUCUGUGUUCAAGGCUGAGGACCAAAAGGAGAGUCCAAAGGAGUCUCAAGAUGGGGAUGCAUUAGGGAGCCAUCCACUCACCCGGAGCGCUCUGUCCUUGGGCGCUGCCACCAACUUGAGGAACCUUUCGCUCAGCCGGACGAGUGUCCGCUCCCAGGCGCUGGACAUCAGGAAGAAGAUCACAGAAUGGGAGUGCCGCCGGGAGCUGUCCCCCAGGAUGGGUGCAUGUGUGGACAAGAGGGAUGCUGGGGAGAGGUCAGGCAGUGAGAGCUGCCCCAGUGUGCUGACCUCUCCCUGCAGCGAGAAGACAUUCGAUUUCAAAGGACUCAGAAGAAUGAGCCGAACAUUUUCCGAGUGCUCUUACCCAGAAACGGAGGAGGAGGAACUGCUGGACAGGGAUUCCUGCCAUCGGUUUGAAAAGAGACCAGGCAGGAGCGAGCCUCCUUCUGCUGCUUUCCUCAAGGGCCAUGUACGGAAAGAGUCCUCUGCUGUGCUCAACAGAAUACAGAAGAUCGAGCAGGCACUGAAAGAGCAGCCUGGCAGAGGCCUCCCCCAGCUACCAAGUAGCUGUUACAGUGUUGACAAGGGGAGGAAAAAGUCUGUGACUCUGAGUACUGUGGAGGGACUGAGUGAAACCCUAAGUGACAGCAAAGGAGGAAGCGUUAUUUUGGGGAGUGAUCCAGAAACACCUACUGAGGCUGAGAAAAGCAAUAAGACAAAGCAGGGGGUUACUGCAAACUCAGCUGCCUCUAAACUACUCCUCGAAAGCCCAGCGAACACUGCAGUGAAUCCUGUCCCCAAGCCCAAACGCACCUUUGAAUAUGAAGCAGACAAAACCCACAAAAGUAAACCAAGCAAUGGCCUACCUCCAUCUCCUACACCUCCUGCUCCUCCUCCUCUCCCGUCCACCCCUGCACCCCCUGUGACCAGAAGGCAGAAGAAAGAGUCGCGCUUUCACAGAAAAUCCCAGAAUAGAAAAUCCUUUGAGUUUGAGGAUGCGUCAAGUCUGCAAUCCCUGUACCCUCCCUCCCCAACUGAAAAUGGGACUGAGAGCCAGCAUAAAUUUGGAUCCAAGAGCACUUUAGAAGAAAAUGCCUAUGAAGACAUUGUAGGCGAGUCGCCCAAGGAAAACCCUUAUGAGGAUGUGGAGCUGAAAGGCCGUCACGCGGGCCGAAAAUCCCAUCAGCUCUCCGAGAAUUCCCUAGAUUCUUUGCACAGGAUGUGGACACCGCAGGACAGGAAAUACACAUCACCUCCCCAGGUCCCUUCGAAGCCCGGCAGCCAGUCUCUGCGCAUCGGGAACUGGUCAGAAAGGAAGAGCCACCGCUUGCCACGGCUGCCCAAGCGGCACAGCCACGAUGACAUGCUGCUGCUGGCCCAGCUUGGCAUUCCCUCCUCCCCUUCCAGCCUCAAUGAGGACAGCCUGAGUACCACAAGCGAGCUGCUGUCUACACGGCGGGCUAGGAGGAUCCCAAAGCUUGUCCAGCGAAUCAAUUCCAUCUACAGUGCUAAAAGAGGAAAAAAGCGAUUGAAGAAACUUUCUAUGUCCAAUAUUGAGACAGCAUCCCUACGAGAUGAGAACAGCGAGAGUGAGAGUGACUCAGAUGACAGGUUUAAAGCUCAUACCCAGCGUCUAGUACACAUCCAGUCAAUGCUGAAGAGGGCUCCAAGUUAUCGAACCCUGGAGCUGGAGCUGAUUGAGUGGCAGGAACGGGAGUUAUUUGAGUAUUUUGUGGUAGUGUCACUGAAAAAGAAGCCUUCUAAAAACACUUACCUCCCAGAAGUGACAUACCAGUUUCCCAAGCUAGAAAGACCAACCAAGCAAAUGCGUGAAGCGGAGGAGCGGCUCAAGGCUAUCCCUCAGUUCUGCUUUCCUGAUGCCAAGGACUGGCUUCCCGUCUCUGAAUACAACAGUGAGACUUUCUCUUUCAUGCUGACUGGGGAAGAUGGGAGCCGGCGGUUUGGUUAUUGCAGGAGGCUGUUG